CUUCUGCACCUCUCGCGAGGGUUGCUCCACCGCGCCAGUGAUGCCUUACCAAACAUCUCCUCCCCUUCGGACCAUGUCUUGUGCAUAAGCCAUCUGUCCCUUGUUCUCACUGCCUCGUCUCACGUCCUGCAGCAAGCUGACCGGGAUUGGUACAUGAUGGAUGAGGGAUAUGAUGAGUUCCAUAACCCCCUGGCCUGCUCCUCUGAGGACUACGUGAGGCGGCGGGAGCAGCAUCUUCACAAACAGAAGCAGAAGCGUAUUUCGGCCCAGCGGAGACAGAUCAACGAGGAUAAUGAGCGCUGGGAGGCCAACCGCAUGCUCACCAGUGGGGUCGUCCAGCGGCUGGAGGUGGACGAGGACUUCGAAGAGGACAGUGCAGCUAAGGUGCAUCUGAUGGUGCACAACCUGGUGCCCCCCUUUCUGGAUGGGCGCAUUGUCUUCACUAAGCAGCCAGAGCCUGUGAUUCCAGUCAAGGAUGCCACUUCGGACCUGGCCGUCAUAGCUCGCAAGGGCAGCCAGACGGUGCGGAGGCACCGCGAGCAGAAGGAGCGCAGGAAGGCUCAACACAAGCACUGGGAGCUGGCUGGAACCAAGCUGGGAGAUAUAAUGGGUGUGAAAAAAGAGGAGGAGCCAGAUAAAGCUCUGACAGAGGACGGGAAAGUGGACUACCGGACAGAGCAGAAGUUUGCAGAUCACAUGAAGAAAAAAAGUGAAGCCAGCAGCGAAUUCGCAAAAAAGAAGUCGAUUCUGGAGCAGAGACAGUACCUGCCCAUCUUUGCUGUGCAGCAGGAACUCCUCACUAUUAUCAGAGAUAACAGCAUCGUGAUUGUUGUCGGGGAGACGGGGAGCGGUAAGACCACACAGCUGACCCAGUACUUGCAUGAAGACGGUUACACGGACUAUGGGAUGAUUGGGUGCACCCAGCCCCGGCGUGUGGCCGCCAUGUCGGUGGCCAAGAGAGUCAGUGAAGAGAUGGGGGGAAGUCUUGGUGAGGAGGUGGGCUAUGCCAUUCGCUUUGAAGACUGUACUUCAGAAAACACCUUGAUCAAGUACAUGACUGAUGGGAUCCUGCUGCGAGAGUCCCUCCGGGAAGCGGACCUGGAUCAUUACAGCGCCAUCAUCAUGGACGAGGCCCACGAGCGCUCCCUCAACACCGACGUGCUCUUUGGGCUGCUCCGGGAGGUGGUGGCUCGGCGUUCAGACCUGAAGCUCAUUGUCACUUCGGCCACUAUGGAUGCAGAGAAAUUUGCUGCCUUUUUUGGGAAUGUUCCCAUCUUCUAUAUCCCUGGUCGUACUUUCCCUGUUGACAUCCUCUUCAGCAAGACCCCACAGGAGGACUAUGUGGAGGCCGCCGUGAAGCAGUCCUUACAGGUGCACCUGUCAGGAGCCCCCGGGGACAUCCUUAUUUUCAUGCCGGGCCAAGAGGACAUUGAGGUGACCUCAGACCAGAUUGUGGAACAUCUGGAGGAGCUGGAGAAUGCACCUGCCUUGGCCGUGCUGCCCAUUUACUCCCAGCUGCCCUCUGACCUUCAGGCCAAAAUCUUCCAGAAGGCUCCAGAUGGCGUUCGGAAGUGUAUUGUUGCCACGAACAUUGCUGAGACAUCUCUGACUGUCGAUGGUAUCAUGUUUGUCAUCGAUUCUGGUUACUGUAAAUUGAAGGUCUUCAAUCCCAGAAUUGGCAUGGAUGCCCUGCAGAUCUAUCCCAUCAGCCAGGCCAAUGCCAACCAGCGGUCGGGGCGAGCCGGCAGGACGGGCCCAGGUCAGUGUUUCAGGCUGUAUACCCAGAGCGCCUACAAGAAUGAGCUCCUGACCACCACGGUGCCCGAGAUCCAGAGGACCAACCUGGCCAACGUGGUGCUGCUGCUCAAGUCCCUCGGUGUGCAGGACCUGCUGCAGUUCCACUUCAUGGACCCGCCUCCUGAGGACAACAUGCUCAACUCCAUGUACCAGCUCUGGAUCCUCAGCGCCCUAGACAACACAGGUGGUCUGACCUCCACAGGGCGGCUGAUGGUGGAGUUCCCGCUGGACCCAGCCCUGUCCAAGAUGCUCAUUGUGUCCUGUGACAUGGGCUGCAGCUCCGAAAUCCUGCUCAUUGUCUCCAUGCUCUCGGUCCCGGCCAUCUUCUACAGACCGAAGGGCCGGGAGGAGGAGAGCGAUCAAAUCCGGGAGAAGUUUGCUGUUCCCGAGAGCGAUCAUUUGACGUACCUGAAUGUCUACCUGCAGUGGAAGAACAAUAAUUACUCUACCAUCUGGUGUAAUGAUCAUUUCAUCCACGCCAAGGCCAUGCGGAAGGUCCGGGAGGUGCGGGCUCAGCUCAAGGACAUCAUGGUGCAGCAGCGGAUGAGUCUGGCCUCGUGUGGCACUGACUGGGACGUCGUCAGGAAGUGUAUCUGUGCUGCCUAUUUCCACCAGGCAGCCAAGCUCAAGGGAAUCGGGGAGUAUGUGAAUAUCCGGACAGGGAUGCCCUGCCACUUGCACCCCACCAGCUCCCUCUUUGGAAUGGGCUAUACUCCGGACUACAUAGUGUAUCAUGAGUUGGUCAUGACGACCAAGGAGUACAUGCAGUGUGUGACUGCUGUGGAUGGAGAGUGGCUAGCAGAGCUGGGGCCCAUGUUCUACAGUGUCAAACAGGCAGGAAAAUCUCGGCAGGAGAACCGCCGGCGGGCCAAAGAGGAAGCGUCUGCCAUGGAGGAGGAGAUGGCGCUGGCCGAGGAGCAGCUGCGAGCCCGGCGGCAGGAGCAGGAAAAGCGCAGCCCCCUGGGCAGUGUCAGGUCUACAAAGAUCUACACCCCAGGUCGGAAAGAGCAAGGGGAACCCACGACCCCUCGCCGCACCCCAGCCCGCUUUGGGCUAUGAGCUGAGGCUGUCCUUGCAAAGGAUGGAAGCCAGCUAUGGAGUCCUGAGCCCUUGGCUUCAGCACCCCGGGCGUCCUGACAAAACCUUGUCGCCUGUGUGCGUCUGGGCCCCUGGGGGAAGUGCUGCUGAGGCCCAGCUCUGCAGUGGAGGGAGUAGGAGCGCCUCAGCGCAGGCGUGGGGCAGAGCAGCCGAGGAGCUGCUGGGGAAGUGGCUGGACCCGUCGCAGCCAGGAAAACUGUCCCUGGACACUUGCUGUAUAAAAGACUUGGCCAUGACUAUGUUUUUUAAAGUUCCUGUGUAAAGCGGUAAAAUAGACCUAGAAGGAAUUGUAAUUUGGUUAUAAUUCAGGAUUUGGAAAUAAAUUUAUUGUUUGUAAAAUGUCA